UUUGACUUUAACUCAGUAUUAUUAUUUUUUAACUUUUAAUGCCUUCCUUUUGAAAUUUUUUAUUAAAAAUUUAAACAAUUCUAGCCCUUCAAACGAGCAUUUAUUAAAACAAUCAACACCUCCCAUUAAUUAUUUAACACCUCAACAAUAUACACCAUCCCCUUUACAACAACAACAACAACCUCAAAUACCUCAGAGAGGAAUAAUGCGCCCAACUAGCCGGCAAGAGGCAUAUGCCACAAACGAAUUUUCACGAGAAUUACCUCGUCCUCAGAGUACAAUACCUUCAAUGCACUCCCCUCGAGCCCAAUUUCAACAAAUGCCACCAACAUUUUACCCAUAUUCUCCUCCUAAAACGGCCAGUUCUCGGAUAGAAGCGCCUAUAAUAGACAGACGUUCUAUUAUUCGAAGAAAAGUUCCUGGUCCUCUAUUACUUGGACUCUCAGCACUUCAAAUAAUUAUUGGCAUUGUUACGCUUCUUAUAGGAGCAUUUAAUGCCAGUACCUAUAAAUGUAUGAUAGAGCCAAACAUUCCAGUUUAUUUAAUUAUUUCUGGCAUUUUAUUAAUUGCUAGUGGUGUUGCGAGAAUAUUCUUUUGGUUAAGCUCAGAUUCAUUAACAACUGGAAGAAGAAGGGGAAACAAUUCUGGAGAUGGUAGUCAUGUUUGUGAAUAUUUAAUUGAAGGCUCAAUAUUAUUUUGUAUUGUUGUUAUCGUUAUUUUAGGUAUUUGAUAAAUUUAAA